AUGGCCCACAUGUAUGAUCAAGAAGCCGGACAUUUCAAAACCUUCAACCAUCUGCUUGCAAAACAUCGAAUUCGCCCCACUGCGUUAACUCCCAUUUGGUCGCUGGCUGCUUCGGCGCUAGGUUGGGGUACGGGUUUGAUGGGUCGUGAAGCGGCGAUGGCUUGUACGGAAGCUGUGGAAACGGAGAUUGGGACACAUUAUAAUGAGCAAGUUCAAGUAUUGCUGGAGAUGCAGGAGCAGAUGAAGGCUCGGGGCGAGCAGCUGGGAGAAGAGUUAACAGAGUUAUUGGAAACAAUUAGAAGGAUACGAGAUGAAGAAUUAGAGCACUUGGAUCAUGCAGUUGAGCAUGAUGCAAAGAAAGCUGUGCCUCAUGAACUAUUAACUGGCGUUAUUAGAGCAGGAUGUAGAGGGGCUAUUUGGGUCAGUGAGAGACUAUGA